AGAAGAAGAAGCAAAAGAAGAAGAAGAAGAAGAAGAAGAGGCAACAACAACUGUCACCGCUGGGACGAAAACAGUUCACCUUCGCUGUCCCGGACAGCAUGAAACACGCUCUGCUGACUGAAAGGACGCUUUUAAUCUGACAUUUAAAAAGACAUUAAGUCCGUACAGCUGAAACAGAAGGCCCUCGUCUCGGUGCAUCUCGCUCGUUUUCCUGUUCUACUGGAGUGAGCUAGCUUAGCCUGUUAGCUUAGCAGGUCACCCACUCACCCGUGUCCGUCCGUGCAGGACUUUACCGUCAGAAACGAAGAGAUCCACUCGGAGCUGCACCAAAACAGACCUGGAUUUUAUUUUACAAUAGGUAGCUGCACGUAUCGGGUCCAAACGCGGCGUUUGCACGCACCGUUUUAAUUUAAAAAAAGCUACAAAAACCAUCCUGCAAAACAAGGAAGUCUGAAUGAACUUUGCUGCUAGCCUGCUAGCUAGCACCUAACCAGCCCCGCAGCUGCAUUGCUCCAUUGUGCUGCUUGCUCCUGCAGCUGAAGGGGGUCUGUGCAGCCUCUUCGCCUUCUUCCUGCAGUGCUGAUAUUGAUUAUCUGUGAAAGCAUCUAUUAGCGAUAUUUCGAUCGCUAUCUCACGGAACCGGUCUGGUAGCGUCUCUUUUCUGUUCACUUGGGAAAGAGUCAAAGAAACGUUUCAAGAGAUGAUUCCCGACAAAGCGCCGAAGGAAGACGUCUUCCACGGGUCUGGAGACCGGAAGAAGGAGGCUCACAUUCCCAGCUUUGAUAAAUAUAAAGAGCUCUACUUGAAAUCCAUAGAGAAUCCCGAUGAGUUCUGGGGUGACAUCGCCAAAGAUUUCUUCUGGAAGACCAAACACACGGGUCAGUUCCUCGACUACAACUUCGAUGUGACCAAAGGAGAAAUAUUUGUCAAGUGUAUGGAAGGCGCUUCCACCAACAUCUGCUACAAUGUCCUCGACCGCAACGUCCACGAGAGGAAACUCGGCGAUAAAGUGGCCUUCUACUGGGAAGGCAAUGAGCCUGGUGAUGAGCUGACGGUGACCUACAGAGAGCUGCUGCAGAGGGUCUGUCAGUUUGCCAACGUCCUGAAGUCUCAGGGAGUGAAGAAGGGCGACCGUGUGUCCAUUUACAUGCCCAUGGUGGUGGAGCUGGUGGUAGCUAUGUUGGCUUGCGUCCGCAUCGGCGCCGUUCACUCCAUAGUGUUUGCAGGUUUCUCUUCUCAGUCUCUGUGUGAGAGGAUCCUGGACUCUCAGUGUUCGCUGCUCGUCACAGCAGAUGGGUUCUAUCGUGGAGAUAAGCUGAUCAACCUGAAGCUCUUAGCUGACGAAGCACUGCAGAAAUGCAGAGACAAGGGUUUCCCAGUACACAGGUGUAUAAUGCUGAAGCACUUGUCCAGAGAAGCAGAAGAGACUCCUCUGGUCUCUCAGUCUCCCCCCGCCAAACGGUCCUGCCCUGGUCUGCAGCAGGAGAAACAGACAGGGAGAGUAAAGAAAACACGUCCUGUGCCGCAGGUCCCGUGGAACCCCGAGGUGGACUUGUGCUGGCACUCUCUGGUACGUGGAGCUUCAGACGAGUGUGAACCAGAGUGGUGCGAGUCAGAAGAUCCUCUCUUCAUCCUCUACACCAGCGGCUCAACCGGCAAACCAAAGGGAGUUCUUCACACCGUCAGCGGCUACAUGCUCUACACUGCCACCACCUUCAAACUGGUGUUUGACUACCAGCCCGAUGACAUCUACUGGUGCACGGCAGACAUCGGUUGGAUCACCGGACACUCCUACAUCACCUACGGCCCGCUGGCUAACGGGGCCACCAGUGUGCUGUUUGAGGGCCUGCCUACUUACCCAGAUGUAAGCCGUAUGUGGGAGAUAGUGGACAAAUAUCACGUGACCAAGUUCUACACAGCUCCGACCGCCAUCAGACUGCUGAUGAAGUACGGCAGCGAGCCGGUGCAGAAGUAUAAGCGAGAGUCUCUGAAGGUUUUGGGGACGGUGGGAGAGCCCAUCAACCCUGAGGCCUGGCAGUGGUACUACACUGUGGUGGGGGAGAAGAGAUGUCCUAUUGUCGACACCUUCUGGCAGACAGAAACUGGUGGACAUGUGUUGACUCCUCUACCUGCAGCCACACCCAUGAAACCUGGAUCUGCUACGUUCCCGUUCUUUGGAGUGGUGCCGGCCAUCUUGAAUGAGUCCGGAGAGGAGCUGGAGGGGCCAAGUGAAGGAUACCUGGUGUUCAAACAGCCGUGGCCCGGCGUGAUGAGGACGGUGUACGGAAACCACCAGAGGUUUGAAACCAUCUACUUCAAGAAGUUCCCUGGAUACUACGUCACAGGAGACGGUUGCCGUAGAGACCAGGAUGGCUACUAUUGGAUAACAGGGAGGAUAGACGACAUGCUGAAUGUCUCAGGUCACUUAUUGAGUACAGCGGAGGUGGAGUCGGCUCUGGUGGAGCACGAGGCCAUCGCCGAGGCUGCUGUGGUGGGCAGACCUCAUCCCGUCAAAGGAGAAAGCCUCUACUGCUUCGUAACGCUCACUGAUGGAAUGACGUUCAACUGCACGCUGGAGGCACAACUCAGAAAACAAGUACGGGAGAAGAUCGGUGCCAUCGCGACACCAGACUACAUCCAGGAUGCUCCAGGACUCCCCAAGACCAGAUCUGGUAAGAUCAUGCGACGGGUGCUCCGCAAGAUCGCCUGCGGCGAACGAGACCUGGGCGACGUCUCCACGCUGGCCGACUCCUCGGUCGUCGAGCAGCUCUUCCAGAACAGAUGCUGCACCGCCGUGUGACGGCCUCCAGGAUCCUCGCAGGGAGGCUCCGACUGCAGCCGCACACCAGCGGCCACAAAACCAACCAGGGAAGACGAAGAGGAGGAGGAGAAAUUCCAUGAACUUGGUCUUUACAACAAACAACCUUUAUCUCAUGAUGGUGCAGCAGAGCCUGUUUUUAAAAUGACCCCACUGUCCUUAAAUGUAAGAAGAAUCAGCAGGUAGAGACACAACAGCUGUCUGGUUACUGGUAGAUAUUUCCCACUUCUGUAGCCGUAGUAAUAACUAAUUUUAACUGCAACAAACAGUCUAGGAAUUAAUAAGUACAUCGGUCUGUUGGCUUAAAUGUUUUCCAGAAGCUGACAGAGUUGCUGCUGUUUAAAAAAACAAAAACAAGGCAGUGGUGUGUGAGAGAGCGAGAAGCCAGAGGUUGUUUCUGUGAAAGACCGUCCUGCAGUCGAACUGUGUGGAAGAGGUAGAACAGGUUAACACUUCGUUUGGUUUUAUCCUAGUGUUUUAGCCAUUAAUACACAGCAAUAUCUGCUAUUUAACUGCUCAAUAAAAGUAUACAUUCAGUACUUGUACAGUACUGUUGCAACACAAUGAGUCCUGUGUCACUACAAUAGUUUUCCUGUGGUUAAAAGACGAGUUUCUACACUGGAAUAAGGCUAAUGUGAAGUGCUACCUGUAGCUGCCCUGUAGUUAAUAUAACAAGUUGUCUCCUCCCCUCGCUCGCUGCCAUAGUACUGUUAUGUACACUGAUUAUUAGCUAAAUCUGAGAAAGCUCAACAUUUCUACUAGUUCUAAUUUCUAUUGUAAUUUUUUUUUUUUUUUUAAACAUGUAGAUUUGUGUCAUUUUUUUCGUUUUUAUUUCGACUGAUUUUUGACUUAGGAUUUGGUGGGUAUUUCUGCUUGUGCGUCUGCACGCUUGUAUGUUUUUUGUUUUAUUUUUUUAUUUUUAAUUCGCAGGGAAGUGAUCAGGCUCUUCUGUCAGUCUGGUGUAAACUGGUAGAGUGUGUUCAGCCUCAGGACACCAAACGUUCGGCUCCUCUCACAAAAGCCCCAGAAAUACUGCGGGCCUAAUGUUGAAAAGGGAAAUAAGUGUGUCAGUAACUCCAGAAAAAAAAUCUAAUUUAGUCUUCUCAUGUUUAAGUAGUGUAAUGUGUCUAGGCUCCAUAUUUCAUUAAUAAAUCAGACUUUACAGUGUGAAAAUAAGGUACCAAAGUCAAUCCCAAAUGGUUGUAAUUAUGUGAGAGUAUGAUUUGAAUUUGGUAAAAUAAUCAGUUUUUGUGUGACAGCUACAAUCUCUUCUUUGAAUAAUAACCAGGGAAGUGUGGCUCAAGUCCGGAUCAUGAUAUGGUACUACCAUAAAGAUAAUACACGGUGACGUCCGUUAAAUCAAAGCUAAUCAUUGGUGUCUUUUUAUUCACAGCUUCAGUUUCCUGUUGGCAAGAGAACAUCAGAGUAUUUAAGGUCUUACGUGUCAAAGAAAAGUUCAUCUUUAAAGGACAAGGCUGGUGUUUUUAUUGUUGUCUGUCAACAUAUUCCAUGAAAAGACCAAAACCAACAGCGUGUCAGUCCGCCCCUCAACACUGUCUCACUUCCUGUCUCCGGCUCUCAGCUCCGAGCCCGUUGGUUCCCGCUGAAGACGUAAAUCUUUAAAAAAAAAAACAACACCUCACAAAUAAAUAGUUUUAUUUUUACACGGUAGUUUUUAAUCAAACAAACAGGAGGAAACAGUGCAUUCGUUGGGGACUAUUUCCAGCGGCGGAUGAAUCCACAUGUGGUGCUGUAGUGAGUGUUUGGGGCAGCAGGACGGUGUGUGUGGGACUGAGUCAGAAUAAACUACAGUGUGUGUGUUCAUGGUGAUGAAGCAACAUGUCAGCCAGUGCAACAGAGCGACUCACUGAUGUGUUUUAAUAGUUUCUGGACAACGAUGGAGGAAGACGAUCCAUCAGGCUGCGAUACUCACACAUGGUGCCUGUUAGCUGAUACGUUCACUGCUGGUUUGGGUCUUUUUAUGGGAUUAUUGACAAUAAGAAGAAUAUAGAAUCAGAUCACCAGACGUCCUCCGUCCUUUAGAUAUUGAAGGAGCAUGUCUGUCAUGCCCUUUGUCUUCAGAGCCAGUCUGGAUAAUGAUUUUCCAAGCAGAAGUCUACAUCUUUUAAUUUUAUUCUCACUUUGCUGAGAGACUGAAGUCAAGGUUGAAGCAACGUACCGUUUCGCAGCAUAAAAUUGAGUUAAAAUCGACGAAGCAUCUGAACUGCGAGCUCGCCUGGGUCUUGAAAAGGUUUUUACUCUUCGUUUCCGUCUGUGAUUGCGAGAAUGAUUUGAUUCAUUCGAGCGACGUGAACCAGAACGAGGACCUCCAUACAGAUUUCAUCAGCUUUUCUUUGUUUUUAUCUUUGUUGCUGUUUGUGUCUCAAUGUGCCAACAGAAGUAACAGUGGAGCUGAGUGUGUAAAGCUAAUAUUUGUAUCUCAUGUUUUAAAAAAAUAAAUAAAAUAAAGUGCAGCUGCUUUUUAUCUGUAUAAGAACUCGGGUGAAGGAAAGAGAAA